UAAUGGCUUCAUUUAGUUAUGAGAAUAGAAGAGGAAGUGGUAAGAAAUUGAAAGUACAUUUUGAUCUUCCUGAGGAUGAAGAUUAUCCUAUUGAUCAUCACAAGCAUCCAAGAUCUUCAAUUUCAUCAGAAUCUUCACUAGAUUCAGAUAAUACUAACAAAGAUGAAAAUUUUGAAGAUCCUAAUAAUAUUGGUUAUGGUUCUCCUGUUUGGAGUUUUAGAAGUGGAACAGCACCAUAUUCUCCUCCACUUCAAUUGAUGAGCCCUAAUUCAGGUUAUGAUCCCAAUAGAAUACCGACUUCUAUUUUUUGUUCUAAACCUACAAGUCCUAUGGAAUGGAGUGUUGCAUCAAAUGAAUCAUUGUUUAGUUUGCAUUUGGGAAACAAUAGUUUUUCAAGGGAUCAAGUUUUUUCAUUCAAUAAUAAAUCGGGUGAACUACCGAAGACUAAUGAUUUAAUCGGCGCAUCAACAACAUUGCCGUCUGUUCAAGAGGUAAAUCAUAAUAACGACGAAGAAAAAGAUGAUAAGGAGAGACAUUCUUUGUCAUCAAACUCUUCUCGUGACUCAACAAAUACAUUAAAUGAAACAAUAAAUUUAGGUUUGGAGAAUGACAAUAUAAGAACAUCGAAUGAAAAUGCAGAUUUAAGUUUGAAGGAUGGUGAUGAUAGAAAUGUUGAAACAUCGGUAGAUGUUGAGACAUCUACGUUGGACAAAACUUGUGAUGAUCAUAGUAAAAUAGCAGUGGCUCGUAGUGAAGAACCUGAGAAUUAUACCACCAGUGUCUCUUAUCGUUCAGCCGGAAGCGAUAUGAGCAAUCGUUCAUUUCAAUUUCCUAUAUUGACAGUUGAUGGAGUAAGAACUAGUUCAGCAACAGUAGAGUCAGAAAAGCAAGAAAAAAAUGAAAAACUACAUGAACAACAACAACUAGAGAAGCCAGUGCAACCUCCUAGUCCUAAAUCUGAAACAACACCAAAGCAAAGUAUUAGAAGUUGGUGUUCAUGUUGUGUUUGUUUCUCUUGUUUCUCUUGUUCACCAUGUUUCUAAGAAAGGUCUUGAAAUGGUGUGAUAGAAAUUGCAAUUAUUAAAUGACUGUGUCUCUCGGUUAGAAUGCUUAGGGAUAUUAUUUCACAUCGAAUGCAGUCAAGUACGUAUUCAUCACAAUCAGUCUA